GAACAUCCAAUGCAUUGUAUUCCUUGUAUUCUAAUUGUAUCAUACAAGUACAGUGCGAAGUUACGUAGUAAUGCAUAGUUAGUAACUUUUGGAUCUCAAGUGCUUGUCUAACAGUUCACCACUCAUCACUCAGCUUCCAUUCUCAACUCUCCAGCACAGCCAAUUCCGCCUCGCCUCUCUGAUAGCUAUGGACGAAUAAAAAAUAAAAGUAAAACUAUCUUCUACUAAUCUUACGCUCUUCGACUACUACACGCGCCGAACUAUCUAUCAGUCUACUCUCUUAUUGUAAAGCUACUACUACUACCUAGGCAUUCAGCUCGGGCAUCAAUGGCAUCAUAGCAUAUAUCCAAGUCCCGAAUUGCUGGAUCUCUUACCCAGCAUGGCUACAGUACGCGUUUGCGUAUGCGGAGAUGAGGGGACCGGCAAGUCGAGCCUCAUUGCAUCCCUCGUCAAGGACGUUUUUGUGAGCAAUAAGAUUCAGCCCGUCCUACCGCAGAUAACUAUCCCUCCAAGUAUCGGCACUCCCGAAAAUGUCACCACUACCAUCGUCGAUACCUCAGCCCGUCCUCAAGAUCGAAAUACCUUGCGCAAAGAGAUCCGGAAGUCCAAUGUAAUCCUCCUCGUCUACUCCGACCACUAUAGCUAUGAGCGAGUCGCCUUGUUCUGGAUGCCUUAUUUCCGUUCACUCGGCGUAAAUGUUCCUGUUGUCUUAUGCGCCAACAAAUCUGACCUUGUGGAUAAUGCGACGCCACAAGUUGUCGAAGAUGAGAUGCUACCCGUUAUGAAUGAGUUUAGAGAAAUCGAUUCCUGCAUACGAGCAAGUGCCAGAGAACACCAAAAUGUUAACGAGACAUUCUUCCUCUGCCAGAAAGCCGUUACGCAUCCCAUCGCCCCUCUCUUCGACUAUAAAGAAGGCAACUUAAAGCCGGCGUGUAUGUCAGCUUUAAAGCGAAUCUUCUACCUCUGCGACAAGGACCAGGAUGGAUACCUCAACGAUGAUGAGAUUCAAGAAUUCCAAGCCAAAUGUUUCGAGAAGCCCCUAGCCCCAGAGGAUCUGGAGAAUAUCAAGCUGUCAAUCUCCAAGUCUAUACCUGGGUCGAACACCACAAAGGGGGUUGAUAUGCGCGGGUUUCUCCAACUGAACAAGAUAUAUGCUGAAAAGGGUCGUCAUGAAACUAUAUGGAUAAUUCUACGCAAAUAUCACUACACGGGCAGCUUAAGUUUGGAGGACAGUUUCAUUCGUCCCAAGCUUGAUGUCCCAGAAUACGCAUCAGCCGAGCUAAGUCCAGCAGGCUAUCGGUUCUUCAUGGACCUCUUUUUGCUAUUCGACAAGGAUAAUGACGGGGGCUUGAACGAUCAAGAACUUGGUGCCUUGUUCGCGCCUACGCCUGGUCUGCCAUAUUCCUGGGUGGAUUCUUGUUUUCCGUUGACCACCGUUCGCAAUGAAGCAGGUUAUAUCACUUUACAAGGAUGGCUUGCUCAAUGGAGUAUGACCACGUUCCUCGAGCCGAAAACCACUCUAGAGUACCUUGCAUAUCUAGGAUUCGAGCCGUCCAAUCCGAGGGAGAAUCUCACAUCGGCUUUAAAGGUAACAAAGCCUCGUAAGAGAAGAAGACGGCCUGGCCGGGUUGAGCGGAAUGUAGUGUUAUGCUACAUCGUUGGUGGGGGAGGAGCUGGCAAAUCAUCUCUCUUAGACGCGUUCCUCAACAGACCGUUUGACGGUUUGCAUCGGCCAACUAUCAAGCCCAGGAGAGCCGUCAACAGCGUGGAACUUCAAGGAGGGAAACAGUGUUACCUCAUCUUGGAAGAGCUUGGGGAACUCGAACCCGCCAUACUAGAAAACCAAGCCAGGCUAGACUCAUGCGACCUGAUUUGCUAUGCAUAUGACUCAUCAGAUCCAGAUUCCUUUUCUCACAUUGUGGACCUCCGCAAGCGACAUCCCCAGCUUGACGACUUACCCUCGAUAUACACAGCUUUAAAGGCUGACAAGGACAAGACGACUCAAAGAAGCGAGUUGCAGCCAGAUCAGUAUACUUCGAGUCUAAUGAUGAGCACGCCGGUCCAUGUCAGCGUAACCUGGAACAGCAUAAACGAACUUUUUGUGUCACUAGCCGAGGCCGCGACCAAUCCUAGCACUGCAUUCCCCAAGAGCGAGGAACCGCCUCCGGACCGGUCGAGCUUAUAUCUCGCUCUAGGAGCAACUACAUGUGCUGGAGUAGCUGCCUUUAUGAUCUGGAGGAGAUCCACAAACUCGAUUUAACACUUGACAAAUUCUAAGAUUUACCCCCUUUAUUCUCCUUAUUGUCUUUUUAAUUUCGGCUGAACGGGCAUCCAUUUGGCGCAUGUUUUUCUUUUGUCCCCACGGAUUCCGAUAAAUGGACUGCAUCGGUGUGUGUGCGUGUGUGUGUGUAUGGUUGUCCAUGAAGUCUUUCUUCCCUCCUACCCCAAUGAAUUAUUAUUGUGCAUGAUACCCCCUAUCUAUCUUCGACUAUCGUUGAACAUAUCAGUAUUAGACUACCAGUGCGUUAGUAUUUAAUGAAUAUAAUUAAUGAAAGAGCCCCUCUAUAUCUCGGGGUAGGUACACUCCUAUACCCCAAUGAGAUGCCAGCUCUUGUAUAAUGAGCCCCUGACGGUUAU